CCUAACCUGAGUAGGGCUUGCAAGAUUAUAAAGUACCAACACUACAACCACGUCGAUAAAAGUAGAAUAUUUUUAUCGAUGCCGAUACUGAUAGCUUUAUUACCUUACUAAUGCCGGUCAGUAAUUGAGUAUUUUGACAGCUCGAAGGAUUAUCGAAAUAUAAUUUAUAAUAUAGUUUAGUACUGAACAUACUAUUUUACAAGUUAAACAAUGUAUACUAUUUUAUAAACUAAAACGAACAUUAAAAAAGGUUAAACAGUAUACAACACUUAAUAACAUUGAGCCCUCCUCCAUAUCUACCGGCAAAAAAGUAUUGAAAUAUGUUACAUAGAAGUCUAUACCUUUCGAGGUUUCUUCGAAAUAUUAGCCACAAUAAUAAAGACUAUUUAUCCAUUUUUCAAGAAGUAUAUACAAAGAGACAUGCCAGUACCUUAAUAACGUGCAACCACGGUGCAAGAUGCAAGUUACACAUAGCUGAUAAUUCUCAGAAGGUUUUUAGUAAAAGCAAAAUAAAUAAUCUAAACGAAUUAAAAUGGUUGUUUCUUACAAUGUCAAGGUCAAUUUCUGUUAUUACAAGAGUACAAAAAGAAGAGUCAGGAAAUGUAGGUGACAAAACAAGUGGCGAUGUACAAAAAAUAAUAGAAUUGAAAGCAGAAAAUUUAGGACAAUUAAAAGAGAGAAAAUUAGAUGUUGAAUCUAAUGCUUCCUCUGAUGAUAAUCAGAGUAAGAAAGAAAAACCAUCAGCCAAAAAAAGAAGUAAAAUGGAUAAAAGUGCAUCUUCCCUAGAACGUAACUUUAUUACUCCUGUUAGAGCUAUGUCUGAUUUUUUACUGAAGCCCUCUGAUCUUGAAGAUUUACCAAAAACCAAAAGAAGAUCCCCAUAUGAAUUUGAACCACCGAUUACUGUAUAUUGGAGAAAGGAUGUUGAAGCAAAAGCAUUGGAAGUUUGGGGAUCAAAGGAAGCACUACUUAAAGAACGUCUGAGGAAUGAACUUGAACAGAAAGCUCAUCAGCAGAACAUAUUUACUGUUAAACGAAGACUGAGAGAUUACAGACGAGAAAUGGGCAGCAAAGCAGAUGUCGUUCCACAAGAGGGCCUUUUUGGAAGGUCUGGUAAAGUAGUUUUAACUGCAAUUAUUAUAAAUGGCAGUAAUUUCUUGUUCAAAUUAUGCGCGUGGCUAUAUACAGGAUCACAUAGUAUGUUCUCUGAGUGCAUACACUCGGCAGCGGAUACAGUCAAUCAAUUAAUAUUAGCGUACGGUAUUUAUAAAUCAGUACAGACUCCUAAUCCUGAUCAUCCAUAUGGUUAUACAAAUAUGAGAUACGUUUCUUCUUUAAUAUCUGGCGUUGGUAUCUUUUGUGUGGGUACUGGUUUAUCGUUUUAUCAUGGUAUUCACGGUCUUAUGUUUCCUACGGAACAAAUAGAUUCUUUCUAUUGGGCGUAUUACACCUUAAUGGGUUCCUUGGUAUCCGAGGGAGCGACAUUAUUAGUAGCAUUACAGUCGAUUAAAAAAGGGGCAGAUGAGAAGCAACUGUCGUUUAAGGAAUACGUAUUUGGAGGGCUAGAUCCAUCUGUAAAUGUUGUCCUCAUGGAAGAUUUUGCAGCUGUAUUAAGUAUUGGUCUCGCUGGUAGCUGUAUGGCUUUAACUUCUCUUCUCGGAAAUCCAAUGUAUGAUGCCAUUGGAUCUCUUUUAGUUGGUGGUCUCCUUGGUGGUGUUGCAGUUUUUAUAAUUUAUACAAAUGUUACUGCUUUAAUUGGAAGAAGUAUACCUCAGGAUAGUCUUGAUAAGAUCAAUAUGGAAUUAGAAUCGGAUAUAAUGGUUCGAGCAAUUCAUGAUGUUAAAGGUAUUGAUAUGGGCAAUAAUUUAGUUCGAUACAAAGCUGAAAUAGAUAUCGACGGAAGAGAAUUGACGAGAUUCUAUUUGGAGAAGCAUGACCUAAAUGACAUGUUGAAGGAAAUAAAGGGAAUAAACGACAUUGAUGAGGUGGAAGUGUUCGUGUUGAAACAUGGUGAAGGUAUCGUUGAUACCGUAGGUGGAGAAAUAGACCGAAUGGAACGAAAAUUGAAGAAAAAGUAUCCAGAGAUACGACAUUGCGACUUGGAAAUAUUGUAAACACUUUUGUACAAAGUACAAAGGUAAACGUGAUACACGAUAUCAAAAAGAGAAAUAAAGUAAAGUUCGAAUGUCCUAUUUAUAAAACGAUUACUGUGUUCUCUUCUUUGUAAUCCUCCGAACAUAAAAUGCA